GCUCAAUAUCCCAACAUGCCAUUACCAUCGAUGCAGCUGUGCUCCACAGCGCCUCCAUAUUAUCCCAACAACAGCUACUACACCCAGUACCCUGAUGCCUGGUACUCCUCAGCAAUGUGCGAUGCUAAAAAGCUGCCCUGUGACACCAUCUUUCAUGAAGACACAGACGAGUGUGACAUCCCAGUUACCAAGAAGUCCAGGAUGGGAUCCCUCUCUGGGAAGCUGAAAGGUGAUGAGCUGUGUGUCGUGUGUGGAGACAAGGCCUCGGGAUAUCACUACAAUGCACUUACCUGCGAGGGCUGUAAAGGAUUCUUCCGUCGCAGCAUCACUAAGAAUGCGGUGUAUAAGUGUAAGAAUGGAGGGAACUGUGAGAUGGACAUGUACAUGAGACGGAGGUGCCAGGAGUGUCGUCUGAGAAAGUGUAAGGAAGUAGGGAUGCUGGCUGAGUGUUUAUUAACAGAAAUUCAGUGCAAGUCAAAACGCCUUAGGAAAAACCCAACACUGCCUGCAGAGCAGCCCAGCAGAGAGACUGUUGACGGAGUGGACUCCAAACAGGUGACAUCCACAACGAGAUACAACAAACAUAAAAUAGAAUUCACACAGAAGCAACAAGAUCUCCUGAGGCACAUACUCGAUGCCUUUUCCAAAUAUCGGAUCCCUCAAGAGGUGACCAGGAAACUACUACAGCAGCGAAGCAGUGCUGAGGAAAACUUCCUACUCCUCACCGAAACAGCCACUAGCCACGUUCAGGUGCUUGUCGAAUUCACCAAAAAAUUGCCCGGGUUCCAGAUGCUGGACCAUGAAGACCAGAUUGCCUUGCUGAAAGGUUCAGCUGUCGAAGCCAUGUUCCUCCGCUCUGCCCAGAUGUUCAGCAGGAGAAUCCCUUGCCAGCAGAGUGAGUUGCUGGAAGAUCGAAUUCGUCAUAGUGGCAUUGCUGAGGAGUAUAUCAUACCAAUGUUUAACUUCUAUCGAAGUAUAGGGGAGUUGAAGAUGACCCAAGAAGAAUAUAGCCUUUUAACAGCCAUCACAAUUCUUUCACCAGAUCGUUCCUUUGUGAAGAAUCGGGAAGCGAUUGACAGACUUCAGGAGCCUUUGCUGGAAAUCCUGCAGAAAUACUGCAAACUGAACCACCCAGAUGACCCCCAGCACUUUGCCCGGUUACUGGGCAGGCUCACUGAACUCAGGACUUUUAACCACCAUCACUCAAACAUGCUGAUGUCCUGGAGAAUCAACGACCAGAAAUUCACGCCUCUUCUCUGUGAGAUCUGGGAUGUACAGUGAAUUCUCCCGCUCUCCUUGACAGAUUUCUUGAGUCAUUUACAGGACCUGGUAAUUAAAAAUGGAUGCACGCAAUAGUCUGGAAACUGAAGCUUUGAACUUUGGGACAUUGACUGACUGGUGUGCCUACACCAAGGGAACUAAUAUGUUUUCUGCGGCACCACAGCUAGUGCAAAGACUCAUUCUGGGAAAGCACAGGUUGAAAACAAGGAUGUGACACUUUAACCCUACAGCUUUGACUCAUGCCCACCAAUAGCGAGGUUCUACAUGGGCAACACAGGCAUCAGAAACAACCCCAAAUAUCUUCCAAAAAUAAGUUUGGCACUUUUUAAAAUUGCCUUUGUGGUCUUAAUGUAUAGACAAGUAAUAUGUAAGACUAUUUGAAGUGUCUUUGAGCUAAUGUCUUGUUUUGUGAAAUCUAGUCCUACUGAUUGUUUCCAUAGAUGGAUGUUAAGGGCAGAGGUGAUGCCACUGACAGCCAGUGCAGUACCACAGCAAUAAGU